CUUUACAGAAGAGUUUGACGGAACUUCGGAGCUUGCUGGAGUGGUGAUUGAAGACGAUGCGGAGGCAGAACUACAAAUUGUUCUUGAAAAAGCACGGCGCUUGAGACAAGUAGACGUGAAAAAAGAUGACGUCGAUGUUGCACAAAAGGUUCACGAAAUGAUAGCCACUCAAGAUAUCAAGAUGGAAGUGGACGAAGAGAAUGGAACACACGAGAGCAGUACCGAACGAGAUGGUGCUGUGACGCUGGAUGCGACUAUGGAGUACUGCAGAAAUAUAGGUUGUUAG